AUACUCGCAGCUGUAAAUGCACGGUUUUCCUGGUGCAAAACCACAUAUAAACAAACGACGGCUCCCUCUUCUUCAGAAUACUAGUUGGUUCUUCAUCCGUAUACAUCUUACGUAUCGACUCUUUAUUUCAGUUGCCAUGGAGACAUCAAAACUAAUCAUACUUGGGCUACUAAUUGUGGUGCCGUCAAUCCUGGCCGAUUGCAUACCUGGUCCACCACCUGACUGCAGGUGGCACAUUGGAAUUGAUAGUGUGAGACCUCGAGGCUCUGUUGUCCACGGUCACGCCAACAUCCCGAUACAUCAGAGCCCCUCUAGCAGCUCACAUGCUCAAGUCCACGGGUCGAGGGUGUUCGGAGGACCGCAGAACGGAGCGCAGACUGUCGGCGGUAAACUGAACUACCAACACAGUAACGGUCUGCACGGCAGUGUGGGAGCUACACACACAAGAGGGGUGGGCAACUCCUUCAGUGGCACUGUAGGGACCAGCGGGAAGUUGGGGCCUGGCACUUACACGGUAGGGGGUGGAGUUAACACACUACCUGGGUCUAGUAAGGUACAAGGACAGGUUGGAGCCACCUACUCUGUACCCUUACCGUAAAGGUUCAUUAUAUAUUGUGAUUUAUAUUUAAAUUGGUUCAUAACAAUUUCCUGAAAAUUAGGUUAAUUUAUGAAUGAUGUUAUUCUACAUUAGAAUAAAUAAAUUAUUGUAAACAAAAA